AUGAUACACCUACUAUCUGCAGCACUGCUGUGCGCGGUCUUCCUGCAGCCCGCCACAGCAUUCUACCUCCCCGGCGUCGCCCCAUCAUCGUACUCAUUAGGCGACCGGGUCCCAUUAACAGUCAAUGCCUUGACACCCUCAAUAUCACGACAUGACGAACAGAUCCAUGCGGUAGUCUCGUUUGACUACUAUCACCCUGCUUUCCGGUUUUGUCGGCCAGAAGGAGGGCCCCAAUGGGUGCGGGAAUCGUUGGGCAGCAUAAUAUUCGGCGACCGCAUACGAACAUCGCCCUUUGAACUUCGGAUGGGUCAGAAUGAAACCUGCAAAGUCGCUUGCAAGAGCGUUCCAUUUGAUGAAAGCGCGGCCGGGUUUGUCAGCUCCCGCAUUGAAGAGGCAUACAACGUCAAUCUCCUGAUCGAUGGUCUGCCCGCAGCGGAACUUCGAGAGGAUCCCCUGACUCACGAACGUUUCUCGAGUCCCGGCUUUCCACUGGGGAAGGUGAAAGAGGAUGGCACCAAAAUUCUGCACAACCACUGGGAUAUCAUCAUUGACUACCAUAAAGCCGGCCUGCGUGGCACGAAGUACCGUGUGGUGGGGGUCCUGGUUCAACCGCAGUCAUAUUCGGGCAGUAAAUAUCUCGAAGGAGGAAAAGCCGAGUGUGCCACUGCAUCCAGCGCACUCACAUUCAAAGAGAAAGGAGAAACUGGAGUGACAUACACCUACAGUGUCUACUGGCGCCCAUCCACUACCGCCUGGGCGACUCGGUGGGACAAAUAUCUCCACAUUAUUGACCCCAAGAUCCAUUGGUUCUCACUCAUCAAUUCAACGGUGUUUGUGGUUUUCCUCCUUGGUAUGGUCAGCACUGUCAUGGUGAGGGCACUGCGCAAAGACAUCGCAAGAUACAAUCGCCUGGAAAAUAUCAAUCUGGAUGAUCUCUCCGGCACUUCGGCUGUUGAAGAAGACAUCCAAGAAGACUCGGGGUGGAAGCUUGUCCAUGGAGAUGUUUUUCGGAGUCCGCCUCAUCCACUGAUGCUGAGUGUUCUGCUCGGUAGUGGUGUCCAGUUGUUUGUCAUGACCGGAGUGACGGUGGCUUUUGCGAUGCUGGGCUUUUUAUCCCCAUCCAAUCGAGGUUGGUUGACCACCAUCAGUCUUCUCCUCUACACCAUCUUUAGCUGCAUUGGCGGAUAUGUCUCUGCUCGCUCAUACAAGAGCUUUGGUGGGGAGAAGUGGAAGGUGAACAUUGCACUCACUCCGGUGUUCGUCCCAGGCAUCGUAUUCCUGGUCUUCUUCUUCCUGAACAUCUUCGUAUGGGCUAAGGGGUCGAGCGGCGCCGUACCCCUGACGACCAUGCUGGCCAUCAUCGCCAUCUGGUUCCUGAUCAGCGUUCCGCUCAGCGUGGCAGGGUCCUGGUAUGGCUUCCGCCAACCAGCCAUAGAGUCACCAACCCGCACCAACCAGAUUCCACGACAAAUUCCCCCUGUGUCUCGAUCACUCCGGACAUUCCCCUCCCUCCUGCUGACGGGGGUUCUGCCAUUCUGCGCCAUCUUUGUCGAACUGUACUUCAUCAUGACAUCACUCUGGACCAGCAAGAUCUACUACAUGUUUGGUUUCCUCUUUAUUUGCUAUGGUCUACUGGUUGUCACCUCGGCCUGCACAACGAUUCUGCUCGUGUACUUCCUGCUUUGUGCCGAGGAUUACCGCUGGCAGUGGAGAGCAUUCUUCGGCGCUGGUAUGACCGGUGGUUAUGUGUUCCUAAAUGCACUGGGCUUCUGGGCUACGAGAGUCAGCUUUGGUGGCUUGACGGGCACGGUGCUCUAUGUGGGUUACUCGGCUCUUAUCAGCUUCUUGGUUUUUGUUCUCACUGGUAAGUUCCCUUCGAAUGCUCAGAGUAUCUUGAUUGCGUUACUAAUGUCACCUUUCUUUCUGUUAGGAACCAUAGGAUUCCUCGCUUCCUACGAAUUUGUUCACCGCAUCUACGGUUCGAUCAAGGUGGACUAG